GUGUUUAAAUGUAUGUCGGUUGCAGUAACUAUUGACAACCUGACAGCACAUCUUAUUUAGUCUAUAUGUAUAUCAUAAUUGUCAGCUACUAAUUUGGAUUCCUGUAUUGAAUUUAAUAAACUGUGAAUGAUCGUUAAAAAGAAGAGUAAAUAUACAUUCAUCAUUAGUUCUUUCCUGAAAGUACCAAGAUAGGCACCUUGAAAGUGAUGUUGAAUGUUUCAUACUUUGACUAUGGAUUGAAAAUUUUUGAUCAUUGAGUCCUAUACAAAAAUAUUAUCUUUAUAAAUGAGCGGCACAAAUUAUUCUUAGUUGAUUGAUUCCUUACGAAACUUAUAACACAGUAAUUCGUAAUUAAUUAAAUAACAAGUUUCUAAGGAAUCACAUCUUAUCUUUUAUACCAUUUUGGUAUACAUACUAUAUAUCUCAUUAUCUUAUCUCUUUAUUUUCACUUAAAAAGGCAAUUCGGAAUUCGUUGUAAAGGAUGUAACCAAUUAAUUCAAUCAGAAGACUCUGUCCUUAGAUUAUACACAUAUAAAAGUGUGAAGUCAACAUCAAUACAAAAUGAUUUCAUAGAAAAACAAAAUAUACUUGAGUUCCAGUCAUCUGUUGUUACCUCUACCAAUGCUGCUAAGAUCAAUACACCAACAACAAACAGAUACGAAUUAAAUCUUGCCAAUGAAGAAACUGAUACUACAAAAGAUUCAUUCAAUUUAUCUGUUUUAAUUCAUUAUUUUCAUGUAGAUUGUUUUAAAUGUUGUGAUUGUAAUCGUUUAUUAACUCCUGGUGAAGAGUAUACAAUAAAAAAUUGUAUGCCAUUAUGUAUAAUGGAUUAUGAGAAAUAUUUACUUGACAAAGAAUCACAACACAUUUGUACAAGAUUACAAGAAUCAUUUAGACAAUCAUUACAGUUUGAAAAAUGUACACAAGACGUGAAUGAUAAUUAUCCUACUGACACAAAUAAUGAAGAUAACAGAAUGAAUGAACAACAAGAAAGAUAUUCCAAUGAAGAAUCAAAUGAUACAGAUGUGAAUUGUAAAGAAUCAAAUCGAUUGAUGACACUUGAAAUAAAAUCAGAUAUUGGAAAUUAUGACAAAUCAACUAGUAGUACCAUUGAUACAAGUUUAUUGAAUGAUUCAGUUCUUUUAUCAGAUAUCAAUAUAUCUGCACCGAAUUCUAGUGAUGAUUCAAGUAAAGAUGCAGAUAGGAUGGAUGAUGAUGAACUGUAUGAAAUGGAUAGUGAUUCUGAAUCUGGAAAAAAUUCCAAGAGACCACGCACAAUCUUGACAGCCAAUCAACGUCGCAGAUUCAAAGCUAUAUUUGAGUUCAAUCCAAAACCAACACGUAAGAUACGUGAAGCUUUGGCAACAGAAACUGGUCUAAAUAUUCGUGUUGUACAGGUGUGGUUUCAAAAUCAGCGUGCAAAGAUUAAAAAAUUAGCUCGUCGUCAUGCUCAAGAAUCUCGACAACAGUCAAAUCGUAGAAUGUUAAUUAACAAUCCCAUGAUUAAUAAUGAACAAAUGAUUAGAAUUCAAUCACCAAACUCUAUGUUAUUUAAUGUAAGAAAUCCUACUAUAUCAGAUAUACCCUACUUAUAUAAAACAGUUGAUAAUUGUCAGGAUAUAACGUCACUUCAAAAUGAACCAAUAAAUGAAAAUGAUCCAGAUGAAAGUUUCAAAACAAGAAUGAUUUCUUUAGUCACUUCCUGUUCACCACCAUUCAUUCAUAUACCGCAAGCGAAUCAAAUGGAAAAUCCAUAUCCUACAAACAUCCCAUAUAUUUCAACAGCUAGUAAGGCUAUGGAAAAAUCAUCUUUAACAUUUUCAACACAUGAAUUAUUUCCUUGUUUAAACUCAGUUUGUACCAAUUCCAAAUCAAGUUCAUUGUUGUCUGAAGUAGCAUUCACUCCCAUUACUUCAUCUGGUCUUGUAAUAAGUAAUAAUAAUAAUAAUGACAUUAUCCAUAGUAAUAAUAAUAAUAAUAACAGUGUCGAAAACAACAGUGGUACUAACGGUUCAUCAACAUUUGAUACAUCAAUAAAUAAAUUGUAUUCAAUGCAUCAAACUUAUUUCAUGUAAUCUUGUGAAUAGUUUAAUUUCAUUUCAUUUCUCAUUAUUGUACAAGAGAAUUACCUUUUUACUUCAUCAAUGUUAUAACAUUGACACUUUUGUACAGUUCAAACUAUUCCAAAUUAAUGUUCCUAACUAGAAUUUAUCUUCAUUACAUUGAUAAAGUAUUUACAUAAAUGAACAUUUAAAGAUUUGUUUAUACGUUUGACUAUUACAGAGUACUUUAUUCGAAUUCUGUUGUCUUUGAACCUAAUUUUUAUUGAUUUAUUUGAUCACAUUCCUGUUAAUUAUUUUUUUUAUAAUAAAUGCAGAAUACUUCUUUUCACGUAUAAUUACUGACCGAGAACACUGAUUAAUUUCAUAUAAAUUAAAAGAAUCUUGAC